AUGGAUUACGUGAUUACAAAAGNUUUGCUCGACCCUCCUCAAGAUACACUCGAUGCUCUGAUGCAAGACUCGAGUUUCAAUGAUCUUCUAGUUAAAUUCUUCGCCUUUAGCUCCGAAGCGUGCGACGUGUGUGAGUCUCUCCUUCAAUCCAUCCAACGAAUCAAGAUCAAUCACAACAAAAUCAAAAGAAUUAUCACGAUUGGGAAAAGGGUUUGUAACGGUGCUAAAACCACGGAAUAUAGCCAUGAACAGCUCUGCGCUUUAAUAUUUCAAGAGCUUUCUAGAUUUGCAGCGCUCAAGAACCCUUUGUGUUGUAUGAUCAACGAAGCUCGGUUUGGUAUAGUUCACGAUGCAAACUCGGAUUUGCUCGAAAAAUUGACAACCAAAAGGAGAAGAAUCAAAAGAAAAGUCAGGUUCUUGAGUUUCUGCAAGAAGCUAGGAGGUUAUAGCCUAGUGAUUUCUCAUAGCGCUAUUGUCAUUACAUUACUAAUAAUAGCUCUUCACAGCAUUCUGGGUGCUUUAGCAGCUCCUGCGUUGCUCGGUUUAUGUUCUUUGGUUCUUUUGAGGAAGAAAAAAGCAAAGAGAAGCAUGCAUAAGAGCAAGAGAGAUACAACGCUAGAGAGGCUCGGGACACAAAUCGACAUAGCAGCUAAAGGAAUGUUCAUAUUGAUAAACGAUUUGGAUACAUUGAGUAGACUUGCCGGGAGAUUAUGCGAUGAGAUAGAGCAUAGGAAAACCGUGGCUGCGAUGUGCGCAAAGAGUAGGAAGAUUGAAGUGCUAAAGGAAGCAUUGAGGGAGUUUAGUGCACAUGAAGAAAGAUUCUCAGAUCAAUUGCAAGAGCUUGAAGAACAUCUCUACCUCUGUUUCAUCACUAUUAACAGAUCAAGAAGGCUAGUGUUAGCGCAAAUCACGGGAAACUAGUUCUUGAUUCUUUGAUUCUUUUGGUUCAUCAAAAUAAUAUAUAUACUUUUGUAGGGUUUAUGAAUUACGUAUUACUUUUGUAGGGUUUAUGGAUUACCUAUUAUUGAAAUAUAUUAAAAAAAUGUUAUAAGAAUA